UUGGUUGCGGCGAAAAGUUUUGCUUCCAUAAUUUGUGCAAGGCAUCAAUAGUGCGGAUUAUAUGGAUUAACUAUUAAUUUAAUUGUGGUUCAUCAUUUUUAAACAUCAGCGACAAAAAUACUGAGGUUAGUAUCGAUCGUUACGUUUUUAUGUGCUGUGUAAUUUAUAUAGUGUAACUAUGCGAUGGCGUUAACAAUUAAAAAAUGUUUGUAGAAUACAUAUCUGGUGACAAAAUCGCAAUGGAUAUUGACUACGACUUGUACGACUACAAACUAGUAAAAUUUCUUGAAGAGUCUGUCGACGUGGUCCUGCCACAUGUCAUCGACAUAGUUUACAAAGAUUGGGUCUACUUCAAUACAAAACUGGGUGUCUGCGAAACACGUUUUCCACCUCCACCAUACGGAGCCAUAAAGAACAAAUAUUUAUUUAAAAAACUGAUUGAAAAAUCAGAAGCACCCGCAAAUUGGGAAUCAUAUGAAAUCGAAAUUGUCGGUCAUGCAAAAUCGUACAAUGAAGCACUUGAGCGACUACAAGAAUUAAGGAAGAAACCAUUUGCUUUCACUGACAAUGAAAAUGCUUCCAAGAAAUCCGAAGCUAUGAAACGAGAGCUUCAACGCCGGGCAAACGCUGCAGCUUUGAAUGAAAAGAAAGCAGACGAACACUUUAGUGAUAAUGUUUGUUCUUUGAGCGAAAUAGAGACAGAGGCGGAUGAACCAUCCUCAAACAAAAGGAAAGAUAAACAAUUUAUUUCCAAAUUAAAGAAGCCAAAUCGAAAAAGACGAUCGCCACAAUUUUCAAGUUCACCUGAAGCCUCUCCUGCUAAAAGAUCAUCAAAAAGUCUGAAGCAUCGCAAAGAUUUAUACAGUGAUGAAAAAAUCGUUGCAAGUUCGUACGAAGUGAGAAGCGAGAACUUAAAUACUCUUUCCAAUGCAACAACAUCCCAAAAAUCAAACAGCCCCAAAGUAACCUAUAAUCAAGUUUCAAAUUAUAAUGUUUUGAUGGAAAUUCUGAAAAAGCAAACUGGAAACGAAACCGAAAUAAAAUUUUUACGGUCUGAACUUCGAGAAGUGAAGGAAUUAAUCAACGCAUUUCGGAAUAGUGAUUAUUCGGCCAGAUGUCAUGAAAAUGGUCAUCGCGUGACAUCAAAUAUUCAUUCCUUUAUUGAGAAAAUGACAUCGAGUUACCAGGCUCUGUUGAGCAAACCUUAA